AACUUAUCUGGUCAGUCAGUCAGUGACGGUUGUUUCAAGCUGGUUGAGUUAAUUGGCUUUGGUGCUUCCAGAACUGUCUAUCACACUCUCGACACUCAACCAGAUCCAUGUGAUCCUGUUUAUUAUGCCAUCAAGUGCUUGCCAAACACAAACCUCUCCCAAGAUUGUCUUGUAUGGCAGAGGCGGGAGAUCACAUCCCACUCCUUGGUAUCUGGAAAAACAUUGUCGCCAUAUAUCUGCCAUCUCCAUGAGACCAUCGCGGAAGGACCAUACAUCUACCUGGUGCUCAACUACUGCCCUGGUGGGGACCUCUUUACCGCCAUAAGGAUGCAAAAAUAUGAGGGUGAUGUCGCCCUCAUUAAGAGGGUGUUCCUAGAGCUUCUCAAUGACAUACAUGCCUGCCAUCAGAUAGGCGUUUACCACCAUGACUUGAAACCACAGAAUAUUCUCUGUGUUGAGAGCAGUUUGGGCAUUCGUAUUGCGGAUUUCGGACUGUCAACCAAAGAUGACUGCAGUAGGGAAUUUAAUGUAGGAAGUUGUGAGUACAUGAGUCCUGAAUGCAAUUUGGAGGCGAAGAGCUCUCAUUACUCGCCAAUUUACUCAGACCUCUGGUCAUUGGGAGUUAUUCUUGUGAACAUGGUCAUGGGCCACUGCCCCUGGGAAACCGCGGAGCCUUCGGAUCCAGACUUCCGGAGAUAUCUCGACAAUGCUGACUUCCUUCUCAAGGUCCUUCCCAUUUCAAGAUCUUUCAACAAAAUUCUCAAGUUGAUCUUUGACAUGAAUCCGUACUCACGAAUGAGUGCUCUUGAGCUCAGAGAUGAGAUCAUUAAACUUAAGAGCUUU